CCCACAUCGACUGUCUGGCAGCGUGCGGGGACUGGAUCGCAGGAGGGAAGGCAAGAAUCCGCACUUCAACUGCUUAGAGUACUGUGGAACCAGGAACCGACGUGAGGAUGGAGGAAGCCGAUCAAGGUGCACAGAGACCAGACUCCAUACCGGAGGUGGGAGAAGAUGCCGUGACCACCGUCAGCCAGCCCACCAAUACCCUGACAGAAGAAGAGCAGGAGGAGCUACGCAGUGAGCUGGCCAAGGUGGAGGAUGAGAUCCAGACUCUCUCCCAGGUUCUGGCAGCAAAGGAGAAGCACGUGGCAGAAAUCAAGAGGAAGCUGGGGAUCACCCCGCUCAACGAGUUCAAGCAAAACAUCACCAAGAGCUGGCAGGAGGUCACCACAUCCACAGCCUACAGGAAGACCUCAGAGACUCUCACCCAGGCCAGUCAGAAGGCCACGGCAGCCUUCUCCAGCGUAGGCUCGGCCAUCAGCAGGAAACUGGAGGACGUCAGAUUACAGAGCCUUUCCAAUUCCUUUAGCAUACGCUCUCUGCAGCACUCCAUAAGCAUGCCUGCUAUGAGGAAUACCCCCACAUUUAAGUCCUUUGAAGAGAGAGUGGAGAGUUUAAAGACCAAGAUGAGCCCCACGACAUCAACUGGUGACUUCGGCGAGGUUCUGAACUCCACGGCCAGCACCAGCCCGGUGGAGGCCAAGGCUGAGAUGACCCCAGCAUCAGAAAGCGAGGAGCCCCACUGAGGAACCGCCCCUAAUCCCCCUUCCCACGUGCCCC